AUGAACUCGACACAUCAAGAAGGAAGCCCUCUACUGGGUUCUCCCGAUGUGGAUAACAUCAUCUCCGGGCUGCCCUAUAUUCAGAAUCUCUGUGCGCGGUAUCGCCCAGAGCUCGAAAUGCUCUGGGUCCUCCUCACUUAUGCUCCUUUCCUUACAAGCACCUUCCGUUACACCUCGCCCAAAUUCGCACGCCAUCGAAACUACCCGCCUUUUACAACCACGAUCCACAUCUUCUCUGCGUUCCUGCUGGUCCUGCGCUACCACGCGCGCUACGCCGCCACCCGCACAUGGCCUUGCCCGGAGCUCCCAGACUUACUCCUUUUCGCCGUCUUCAACAUCUCUUCCUUCUUUCUGGAGGCCCACCGGGCGAGCGUCCCGCAGAGCAUCCCCGUCGUCAGGGCGGGCUUCCAGGUUUCCGUCCUUAUGCACGCGGCGGUCUUUGGCGCCUCGUGGGUGCAGCGAUGCAGCGGUGGUGGCGGAGGCCAGGUCUUCUUCCGCGCUUCUGUCAAGUUUAUGAACUGGUUCGCCUCGUUCCGGGCCAUCAAGGAGCUUCUUGGCUUAGUCGACCCUCGUCUGGCGCAGCCGAAGAACACCGUGGCGAGUUUUGAGGUCACGAUGGUCCUGUCUUUGCCUUUGGGUUUGUGGGAGGCUGGGGUCCCGGCUGGGGUGCCUGCGUCCUUGGUUUUGCUGGCAGGCUUCUUGAUUAUGGAGCGUGCUGUUGCUGAGGCUGUCUUUGGGAUGUCUGACAGUAACCCUUGCAAGAGGCUUAUCCUGGCCUCGGGUUAUGUAGAUUUCAACCUUCUCAGGGAGAAGAAACAGAGGUACGACGAAGCCAGAGUGGUAGAAGGUGAUGGGCUACAGGUUGAGAUUUGA